AUGCAUUUGUCCACGUCCAGCUGGAUAGCUGCCCUGGCAGCAAGCCAGACAGUCUCAAGCCUGUCCCUGGCCUCACCGUCAUGCCACCACUCCGUAACCCUUAACGGCUACGGCUCCUUCUGCGGGACAACAAUUUCCUCAACCCUCAGCAACGAGACCCUGCCAGCGCCCGUGGAUGCCUGGCUGGGCAUGGACUACGCAACGCAGCCAGAUGGAGACCGGCGCUUCACGCCUUCGACCUGGCCUGAACCCUUCAAAGGCAUCAAGAAAGCCGAUACCUACGGCAAGGGCUGCAUUCAAGACGGGACAAUGUUCGACAUCGCAUCCCAAAGCGAAGCCUGUCUCAACUUCAACGUCUUCCGCACAAAGGGCGUCCCACUGAGCAAGAAACUGCCCGUCCUCGUCUGGAUCCACGGGGGCUCCUUCAACAUCGGCAGCUGGAAGAGCUUUGACGGCGCUUCAUUCGCGGCUUCUUCGUCUGAACCGAUUGUCGUGGUGAACUUCCACUACCGCAUCAACUCGCUGGGUUUCCUCCCCUCCACGCUCUUCGAGGAAGAAGGACUCCUGAAUCUCGGGAUGCGAGACCAGCAUCUCUUCCUGCGCUUCGUGCAGAAGCACAUCGCCUCCUUCGGGGGAGAUCCUGACGCCGUGACCAUCGGCGGCCGCUCUGCAGGCGGACACUCCGUCGGCAUCCACUACUUCCACAACUACGGCCCUGACAGGGGAAAGCCCCUGUUUGCACGCGCAAUCCACCAGUCCGGCGCCGUGACGGCACGCGCGUUCCCCAACGCCUCGUACCCGCUCUACCAAGACCAAUUCGCAGAGUACAUGAGCUACCUGGGCUGUCCAGUGGACGGCGACAACAAAGCAGCCCUAGCAUGCCUCCGAAACGCCGACAUCAACCAAAUCCGCACAGUCAGUACAUCCAUCUACGACAACUCCAACCGCGCACUAACCUGGCCGUUCCAGCCAGCGCAGGGCGGCCCGCUGCUUGAGAAAUUCGGAUCCGAGUCCGGCAUGGACGGGACAUUCUUCCACGUCCCCACGAUCACAUCCAGCACCACCAACGAAGGGAAGUUCUAUGUCCCCGGCGAUCUGCAAACAAACGGGGAGUUUCUGGGCUAUAUGCACAAUAUCUCGCCUGCACUUAACGCUACCGACCUGGCGCUCUUGGAAGCGCUCUAUCCCGAUCCAGUCACGAACGAAGACUCGCCGUACACAAACUCCCCCAACAGCACGCAGUACAACCGCCUCGCAACCACAUGGUCUGACUACGCGUACAUCUGUCCAAGCCAGGAAACAGCGACCCGCGCCUCGGCCGCGAACGUCCCGACAUGGAAACUGCGCUUCGACACGAAUAACUCUUUUCCCGCCUGGCAGGGGAUCCCGCAUACAGCGGAUACAAAGUACACAUGGGACGAGCCGAGCACGCAAUAUCCGGAAAUCAGCCACGUGUACCAUGCGUAUCUGGCGAGUUUCGUGGUGUCGGGGGAUCCGAAUACCUUUAGAUACCCCGGGGCUCCAGAGUGGCCGGGGUAUCGGCCGGAUAGGAAGACGCAGUUGGUGGUGAGGCCUGGGAAUGGGACGAGGGCUGAGGUUGAUGAUGUUAGGGCGGAGGCUUGUGCGUAUUGGAGGAGUGCUGAGCGGGCGUCGAGGUUGAAUAAGUAG